UUGGAUUCUUAUUGAGAUUUGUGUGCACUAUUUUUCACGUCUGACGCCGUUUGAGGAAUACACAUAAAGCAAAAUUAAUAAAGCAGUGUAACAGCAGCGAGCGGAAAACCAAACGAAAGGAGUUGUAAACGCAGCAUAAAAACAAAAGCUCUCGAUUUAGCCAUUUGAAUAGCAAAUUUAUGCAACUUGCAAACUUCUCUUUGAACUUUUGGAAUAUUUUCGAUUUUUGAAGCAUUUCUCUGCGUUCCUCACGGUCGCGCGCUCCAAGCACUCGUAGACGUCGUGGUUGCCGCUGUGUGCAUUGUAUGAAUUGAUGCGCACUCAACCUCAGCAACUCAAAACAAACAAAAACAACACAGCGUUGUAUUUUUCAGCUCAUUUUGUUCCGACUGCAAGCGGAGUCAGUCGGCGGUCGUGGUUGUAGUAGGCGACAACAGCAGCAGCAAUCGCACAGAGCGCGUCGUGGGCAAUUAAAGUGUGACUUCAGCAGCAACAACACACAGCAACAACAGCAGCAAGUUCAAAUAACCGAAAUAAAUAAGAGCAAAAGUAUUCACAUAAAAUUACAGAAGGUACAUCAAAAGUUUAGUAAAAGCUAAAGUGUAGUGCAGAUAAUACAGAAAAAAAAACAAAAAAAAAUACAACAAAUAAGCAAAAGGUAUAGUAACCAACAACAAAAGGUUGUUAAAAUUAAGAAAUCAGCGCAAGUAACUAACUUAAAAAGCGGAUAUCUCAAUAAAAUCACACACACACACAAAGCGCCCUCAACCUCCGCUAAAGAAAAGCUUGUAGCAGCCAUAUGUGUGUGUGAGUGUUGCAGUGAAAUUCGCUAGUGUGUUUGCAGCGAGCGAAAUUGAGUGAAGAAACGUAAAAAAAACAUAGUAAAUCAUAGCAAAAUUACAACCGCAAAUACCGCAGCAAGAAGGUAACCAACAAUAAUAACAACUACAAAAAUAACAGCAACAACAAAUAUGGAAGACAAUAACACAAGUACGCCAAUGAAAACCGACGAAUCAGUCACAUUAACAAUAAGGCUGAUAAUGCAAGGCAAGGAAGUCGGCAGCAUUAUUGGCAAAAAGGGCGAGAUUGUGAACAGAUUUCGUGAGGAGUCUGGCGCAAAGAUCAACAUCUCGGACGGUUCAUGCCCGGAGCGCAUUGUCACUGUGUCGGGCACGACCAGCGCGAUCUUCUCGGCAUUCACGCUCAUCACAAAGAAGUUUGAAGAGUGGUGCUCACAGUUCAGUGAUGUUGGCAAGGUUGGCAAAACUCAAAUACCAAUACGUUUAAUUGUGCCCGCCAGUCAAUGUGGAUCGUUAAUUGGAAAAAGUGGUUCAAAAAUCAAGGAGAUACGUCAAUCCACUGGCUGUUCGAUUCAAGUUGCCAGCGAAAUGUUGCCAAAUUCAACAGAGCGUGCCGUUACUUUGAGCGGCACUGCCGAGCAAAUAACCCAAUGCAUCUAUCAGAUUUGUCUCGUUAUGCUGGAGUCACCACCAAGGGGCGCCACCAUACCGUAUCGGCCAAAACCGCAAGUAUCUGGACCAGUCAUUUUGGCAAACGGGCAAGCCUAUACCAUACAAGGCAACUAUGCUGUACCCGCACAAGAGACAUGUCCAGUAUUUCCGCUGGCCUUGGCCACCGGUGGCCUACAUGCUGGCAUCUCAGGUUUGACGGAUCCUCUCUUGAAAGGGGCACACUUGCAAGGAGCGGUGCCGGCUGCCCACCAUCAUCUACAGCAUAUACCCGAUGUGGCAAAGAAUCCAUUAGCUAGCUUGGCAGCGUUGGGUUUGGCUGGCAUAACACCCACCAAUACCGGUGGACUGAAUCCCACAGCUUUGGCCGCCUUAGCCGGCUCGCAGCUACGUACAGCCAAUACAAGUCGUACACAACAACAACAGCAUGAAAUGACCGUCUCUAAUGACUUGAUCGGCUGCAUUAUCGGCAAGGGUGGCACAAAAAUUGCCGAAAUACGUCAAAUUUCCGGUGCAAUGAUACGCAUUUCGAAUUGUGAGGAACGCGAGGGCGGCAAUACCGAUCGUACAAUCACGAUUAGCGGCAAUCCAGAUUCGGUGGCAUUGGCUCAAUACUUAAUCAACAUGAGCGUUGAACUGCAAAAGGCUAAUCUACAGGAGGCGAACAAUGGCGGCGCCAACAGUCAAGCUAACAAUGCUAGCAACAGCAACAGCAACAACACCAAUGUCAGUAAUGGCGCCAGCAAUGGCAAUGCCAAUACGAAUAAUAGCAGCAGCAACAGCAACAGCGGUGGUGGUAAUCACAUAAGCGGCACAACCACCUUGGGUGGCAACAGCAGUGCUGGCAGUGGCGGCGGCGGCAGCAACAGCAGCAAUGGCAGCUUGAAUCAGAGCGGCGGCAGCAAUCACAGCAGCAAUAAUAGUUUAAACAAUUUAAAUACAAAUACGAGCAAUGCGAACAACAGCAAUACCAACAACAACAAUACACAACACUCAACCACAGCCAUGACAAUGACAAACAACAGCAGCAACAGCAACAAUACGAGCGGCAACAAUCUAACCUUAAGCACAACUUCCAACAAUCCAACCAAUCCAUUUUCCACUUCAUUGCCAUUUUCGAACACACCAAAUCCAUUUGCCAACUCCACCACAGUCAGUUCGCUAGCAACAGCUAUACCGUUAGCACAAUUGCUGGCCAAACCGGGUGCUUUAAAUGCGCUCUCCAGCCUAACGGCGCUCGGCGGCCUCACCGAUCUGUUGGGCGGCUUGGCCACACUCAAUGGUCCACCCAUACAGACGACCGGUGUGCAUCGCACCAAAAGUUUCGCAUCGACACGUUUUCGCAGUCAUAAUCAUGCCGAUGGCGGUGCUGAUAGCGAAAAGACGCGCAAUAAAUUCAACCCAUAUUAGAGUAAUUGAGUACGUGUGAAAAGUAGGCGUGAAAGUUUCGUAGUAGUGGUAUAUGGAAGCUUUUUGAGAUUGUAGAGAAAGCAUGUAAGCUUUUAAAAUAAAAAACGAGUGAAAGUUUUUGAAUUUUGUAGAUGUGAAUUAAAAGCUUUUCCAUGAAAACUUUCAAAUAAUGUAGAAGUGAAAGCUUACAAAUCAUUUGUAUAGUAAGUGACAUUUUUGAGAUCAUGAAUUUGAAUGAAAACUUUCAAAUCAUAUAUAUUUAGAAAUCAUGUGCAAAUGAAAGCUUUUAAAUUUUGUAAAAUUGAGAGCAUUCAAAUCAUGUGUAAAUGAAAAUUACAGUUUUUUUCAUAGGGGAAGCUUUAAAAUUAUGUAAAAGUGAAAGCUUUAAAAUCACGUGUAAAUGAAAGAUUUCAAAUAAUGUACAAGCGAAAGCUUUUGAAUUACGUAAAAGUGAAAGCUUGCAAAUAAUAUACAAGUGAAAGCUUUUAACUCAUGUAUAGGUGAAACUUUUCAAAUGAAAACGUUUAAAUAAUAAAAAAACUUAAGCUUUUCAAAUACAAUUAGUUAGUUUGCAAGCUUACGAUACAAAGAAAAAGUAAUAUAGGGUUCACAACAAAUAUAAAAGCUGAGAAAAAGUUUACUUAAAGCUUCGAAAGAUGGCUUGCAGCACAUGAACUCAAGAAACAGUAAGUUCGCUGACAAAUUUGGGGUGUGAAACGAAGUCAACAUUUUUUCAUUGUUUAGUAGAGCUGGCGUAAAAGUAGUAUUAGUAGCUGUACGAAUUGCAUUCGUGUGCAACGAAAUUGGUUAACUAAAUUUUUGCAAGCCCGCACACGCUUGCAUUUUAUUCUUACCUUUUUACUUGUUUUUGGGUAACAGCAAACUUUAGGCAUUAGACAUACAAAUGUACGUACUAAAUGAGGAUAUUUACAUAAAGUUACAAAUAGUGUGAUAAAAACCCAAAAACCCACAAUCAAGCACACGUAGAUUGGAAUUAAUUACACUAAAAUCAAUCGAAUUAAAUUUAAAUUUAAAAAAAUGCAAAACUUUGCAUUAAUAUUAAGCAAACUAGUUUAGUUAUUAUAUUUUUGCCAGCUUGUAAUUAUGACUUUGGCAUUUUCAUAAAACGCGUGUUAGCUUAACAACAUCAUGUUCUCAUAAUCAUGCCACAUGCCUACUAUUGCCCCAGUUUUAUUUCAAUAAAAUUGCGCGCUUUUUAAAAACUAA